UUGUUCCUACUACUAGCUAGUAAAAGCAAGGGUGCAAGGCACGGCAAGCGCCAGGAAUGCUACAAAGUACAAGUAAAGCAACACAAUUCUAACAACUAGCCCGCUGCUAGCACGUAGAAAGCGUAAACAAGCAGAUCACUCGCAAUGGCUCUACAAGAGGCAACACAAUUGUUUGACCGCUUCAAGGAAGCGUUCGGAAAGGGUGAUCUGAGCUCAGCAGAAAGCACUCUAAGUCAAAUCAAGCUUAAACUCGUUCAGCUUCCAGCGCUCCCGCCAACCUUCGAGCAGAGCCCCACUGCGCAACAGGAGCUCCUGCUAGGACGCGAGGUGUUGGAGCAGGCGGUGCUGCUGGCGCUGCAGCGGGGCGAGGAGGGCGCCAUGGAGCGGGCCUUCGCGCAGCUGAGGACCUUCUACGAUGACACGCGUUCCCUGCUGCCCCCCUCCGCCUCCGAGACCUCCAUGCAGGGCCUGAACCUGCUGCGGCUGCUGGUGCAGAACCGCAUCGCGGAGUUCCACACGGCGCUGGAGCUCAUCCCGCCGGAGGCCCACUCCGACCCCGCCAUCCAGCAGCCCGUACAGCUGGAGCAGUGGCUGAUGGAGGGAGCCUACAACAAGGUGCUGGCCGCCUCGCAGGCCGGUGCCUCGCAGGUGACGGGGCUGCUGCUGGCGCAGCUGGCGACCACCGUCAGGGACGAGGCCGCCAGCUGCAGCGAGCGCGCCUACGAGCGGCUGCGGCUGGCGGAUGCCGCCCGGCUGCUGCUGCUGGAGGGGGAGGGGGCGGUGCGGGAGUACGCGGAGCAGCACGGUUGGACGCUGUCCCCCGAGGGCGACAUCAUCUUCCGCCCCUCCACUAACGGCACCCCUGCCACCACCACCACCGCUGCCCCCGCUCGUGCUGCCGGUCUGCCCUCCCUGGAGCUCAUCAACAACGCGCUGGUGUAUGCCAAGGAACUGGAGCGGAUAGUGUGAUGAAGUGAUGUGGCAUGAUGUAAUGAUGUGUUUUGAAGACAGUUAUAGGAGGAGCGGAUAGUGUGACGCAAUGAUUGGGUUUGUAGGACAGACAGUGGAAGGUUGGUGUGUUUGUAAGACGGGCAGUGGUAGGAAGAGCGGUGAACGGAAAAGGGGGACUGGCAGAGUGUAGGGGGGCGGAUAACGGUAGGUUCCCCUUAACUGCCGAUGCAAAGGACGGGAGGCGGUUACAUAGGUAGCAGGCGGCGGCGUGUGGGACCACAGGGGG